CGAGGCGCCGCGCGCUUCCGGCGCCUCUUGGCGGGCUGGCGGCGCUGCGGGCGGGGUCGCCGUUGCCGGGCGGAAGCGGCUGUGAGGCGGUUAAAGGGGCUCUGAGGCGGGAAAGGGCGGAGAGUGGCGGUAGGACAGGACGGCCGCUUGAAUUCCCUGGUCCCGUCCUCCGCUCCGCUUCCCAGCCGCUCCCACCAGGUGCAGCAUCCCUCCUCCCACUCCGCUCUCCCCGAGGUCGCAGCAUCCCUCUUUCCCGGCCCAUCAUCCCUGGGGCGCAGCGGGGAAAUGGUCUCCCGAGCCACUGACCGGCUGCUGAUCGUCGUCUCCGUCCUGGAAGGGCGCUGUUUUCCGAAACGACCCCAGCACAUGCUUAUAGUUGAAGCAAAGUUUGAUGGUGAACAGUUGGCUACUGAUCCUGUAGAGCAUACUGAUCAGCCAGAAUUUGCUACGGAAUUGGCCUGGGAACUUGAUAGGAAAGCACUUCAUCAGCACAGGCUGCAGCGAUCACCUAUCAAACUCCAGUGUUUUGCGUUGGAUCCUGCAACUUCAGCUAAAGAGAAUAUAGGCUAUGUUGUACUUGAUUUAAGGUCUGUGCAGGAAAAGAGACAGGCACCGAAGUGGUAUCCUCUGCUCAGUAACAAGUACAGUAAAUUUAAAUCUGAAAUACAAGUAGGUGUUGUGUUAGAGACUGAUUUAAAAGCACCAGUUGAUGGCUUUAAAGUAAGGGAGGCACCCCUUAGAGAAACGAAGGCAUCUGCCCUUCCUUCUGAAAUAGACCCUAUAAGUAUUUUGCCAGUCUUGAAUGAAGAAGAGGGCUAUCAUCAAAUUGGACCAGCACAGUACUGCAGAGACUACUUUGUCUUGUCUGUAACCGUUGUGUUUGCCACACAUUUGGAACAGUUAGUUCCUAGUACCAUGAAGCUUCCUGAAGGACGGCCUGAGUUUUUUUUCUAUUACUCAUUACUGGGAAAUGAUGUUGCAAAUGAACCUUUUUCUGAUUUAAUUAAUCCAAACUUUGAGCCAGAAAGAGCUUCAGUUCGAAUACGUAGUAAAGCUGAUGUCCUUCAAGCUUAUCUUUACACACAGUCAAAAUUGCAGAUCCACCUUUGCUGUGGAGACCAGUCUCUUGGAAGCACUGAAAUAUCCCUGUCUGGAUUACUGAAGAAAAGUGUGGAGAUUGAUCAACACCCUGUGACAAUAGAAGGAGCGUUUGUCCUCAUUCCACCAAAUAGAGCUAAACAGAAACUGCCGCAGUUGCCUUUGGGCAUGGCUCCUACUGUUGGGGUAUCUGUAACUCUGCAAAGAGAGAGCUUGAAUGCCCAGCCUUUGAUUCCCUUAAAUGCUCCAACUGAACCCAGACAGCCACAGGAGAAAGCUCUUUCACCUAUUAGUGGAAAAACAGAAGUCCUACAGCAGAGAUCACAGAAUAUAUCAUCUCCAGCCGACCACUCUUCUUCAACAGAAGACAAAGCAACUGAAAGUGAGGUGGAAAGUCUUAAGUUUGAAAAAGGCACAAAACUGAAGAAAAAGGGGCUGGUGGCUGAGUCUUGCCAAGAGGUUAACAAGCAGUGUACUGAAGAACUUCCUGUUUCCAAAUCGCAAACCAGAGCAAAGUCACCUCUGUUGUCAGAUCUGCAAAAUUCAACUGAUAAUGGUCAUGGUCCAGUAGCUGCAUCUCAUCUCAACCGUAUGGUUGCUUCCAAUUCUCCUGAGCCUGUGUCAGCACAGAAAAUUGUCAUUCCAGCAACCUCUCACCAUUUUUGCUUUUCAAUAGACCUUCGAAGUAUACGUGGUCUGGAAGUUGGGUUUCCAAUAAAUGGCAUUUUAAGGUACUCGUAUCCAUUUUUUGGCAGUGCAGCGCCUAUUAUGACGAACCCACCUGUAGAAGUCAGAAAGAACAUGGAAGUCUUCCUUCCACAGUCCUACUGUGCAUUUGACUUGGCAGCCAUACCUCAUCAACUUCAAGAAACAUUCUUUAGAUUACCUCUGCUGGUUGAAUUGUGGCAUAGAGAUAAAACAGCUGAAGACUUACUUCUAGGGGUGGCGAGUCUUCAGCUUUCAAAUGUUUUGGCUUCAGAAAAAACCCAGUUCUUGGGUGGUAAUGGUGAACAAUGCUGGCGUCAGACUUUUAAGGAAACAGUCAGUGUCACAGCAACACAAGGGUCAGGUAACAGAAUAGCAGACCUUUCGUAUGCUGUCACUUUGGAAGACUACGGGCUUGUGAAAGUGCAAGAAAUUCUGGUGUCAGAUUCUUCUCAGUGCGUAGGUGCUGGUCAAAAACAGCAUGUCCCUCACAGCCAGCGUCGUGCCCCAGAAAACCAUCCAGAACCUCGAGAAACUCUUGAAUACAAAGCAGCACUGGAGUUAGAAAUGUGGAAGGAAAUGCAAGAGGACGUUUUUGAAAAUCAGCUUAAAAAGAAGGAAAUGGCUCAUAUGCAAGCAAUUGCAGAAGAAUGGAAGAAAAGAGAUAGAGAAAGAGAAUCCUUAGUGAAGAAAAAGGUGGUGGAAUAUACUGUUUUGGAAGAACAGCUUCAUAAAACCCUGAGACAUCUAGAAAAGCGAGAACAACAGCUUUUUAGUGCAGAAUCGGAGCUUCAAAGAGUGAAGAAGGAGUUGCAAGCAGAGUAUGAACAAAACCUGCAGGAGCUACAGGAUUCUGUGCGGCGAGCCAGGGAAGAAUGUGCACACCAAGUUGAGCUAGAAAGGUCAAAAAUCAAACAGCUGGAAGAAGACAAGCUUCGCUUACAUCAGCAGCUCUAUGAAGCAGAAAAUAAGCAUAAAAUUUUGGAGAAGGAGUUCCAGCAAUACAAAGAACAACGAAGUAGCAAACCAGAAAUCCAGCUACAAUCAGAAAUAAAUCUUCUCACUUUAGAAAAGGUUGAACUUGAAAGAAAACUAGAGUCAGCUACCAAGUCAAAGCUCCACUACAAACAACAAUGGACAAGGGCCUUGAAAGAACUUGGAAGGUUGAAACAGCGUGAACAAGAAAAUGCAGUGGCUCACCUUAAAAAGCAGAAACAAGAGCUGGAGCACAUGAGAUUGCGCUAUUUGGCAGCAGAAGAAAAAGAGCUGGGAAAAACAGACCGGCAAGAGCUGGAGGAUAUCAGAAAUGAACUUAAUAGGCUAAAGCAACAAGAAGAAGAGCGAAAACAAUUGCAAGAUGUUAGAGAUAAUUCUGCUGGUAGAGUGGAUAGUCUCCACUCUAGAAAACUAAAUGAGAAUAUGGAUGAUUAUCUCUCUCGUCUGAUAGAAGAGAGAGAUACCCUGUUGAGAACAGGAGUAUAUAAUCAUGAAGACCAUAUUGUAAGUGAACUUGAUCGUCAAAUUCGAGAAGUUAUUGCAAAAAGGAACAUCACUAAAUAAAAGCAUACAGGAAGUUGGCAAAAAGAGCCAAUAUAAGAGAUUCUUAUAAGCCUGUACUAAUUUGUACAGAUAUGUAAGGUUGUGUUUAAUUUUGCACACUAUUAUUAGCUCUUUUGAAGUUAACUGUAAAUACUUGCAACAUAUGAAGCUAAGCACUGUUUCUAAGUUUUACAGAGGGGAUGCCUUUUUUUAAUGUUUUUAUACUCAUGUACAUAUAAAUAUGUAAAUAAGUUUAUCCUGUGUACUUUCUUCUGAAGUGUCUGCUACCUCUUUUUGCAUUAAUCUGGCAAGGUUUAUUUGUAAUAUUUUUAAUAUUAAUUCUAAUACUUUUGGUCAAUAUUGUCAUGUUUUUUCCGUUUUUUUUCCAUCUUUUAAAAAGAUCUCUUCAGCUAUACAGAGGAAAAGUACUUCAGCUAUUUUUCCUACCAGAACUCUUAAUUUCAAACUGAAGUGCAGCACUGACCGAAUGUCAUUUUGAGUGGGAAGGGUAAAAGUUCUCAGACCUUAUGAAACUAACUGAAUUCAUUAAGUAACUAGCCUGAUUGUCCAGAAUGAAAAUCCCUUUGCCUGAGCAGUUUUGCACAUAAGCCUGUAAGGGUAAAGCCAGAAAUGUAAAGACCUAGUUCAGAAGCAUGCAUGCUUUCUCUUAUCCCUUGCUAAUGAGGAAGGAUAAUCGAAACACUAAUUUGGUGACUUUAUGCAGUUUAAAUUCUGAACACAUGCAUAAAAUGAGCUUUUCUAAGAUGUUUUAAUCAAGACCUAAGCACUUUGCAUUCACUUAACAUACACUUCAAAGCCUGUUAUCUCAUUAUCCCUUAAACAAAACCCUACAUACAUUGUUUGAUUGUGGAAGUAUGAACAGGUCACUCUCGGAGUGCUAAAUGCCAAAAGAAAAAUCCACAAGACAUAUUAGUUUGUACCUAAUCACAGUUGAAAAAGCUGUGGUUUCCAGCCUUCAUUAUAUUUCAGUAGUUUUAAAAUGGUUUGUGUGGAUCUAGCUUAAUAGCAUUAACUUAUAACAGUGUCCUCUCAGCAGGCAUUCUACUUUGUCCUGUAGGGAGAAAUGUUUCUCUAUUCCAGUGUCAAGUAUUGAAAAUGUCUAAGGAUUUGUUACCUUUAGAAUGAACAAAUAUACCAAUGCAAAUAUUCUUUUUUUACCUAAAAUCAGUGAACUUCCAUGGUCAUGACUGUACGCUCGAGACCUUCCUCGUUUUUAUGGUAUACAUUAAGUCUUGAUUUUUAUUUUUUUUUUCUGUAUUCCAUCGACAUGUCUUUGCCUCUCUAGGUGUAUCUUUUUUCUUCCUUCCUACUGUGGGCCUGUCUGCCAUUUAAUAAAUUAUUGGUUUAGGCUUCUUAGUUUUGAACAAGCUGUAUAAACAUAGACAUCAUGUUCUGGGAGGACUUAUCGCUGAUCAGUAACAGACUUUGUAAGAAAUGCUUUUGUAGUACUUUGCACGCUCUACUGUAUUAUUCAAGUUAGCGUACAUAGAGAUUCCUCUCCACUAGCAAAGCAAGUAACACCUUCAUAAAUCCAACACUAUGAAAAGUGAACAUCCAAUUCUAUGAAAAGUAAUUGUACAAUUUUUUUACAUCACGGCUUUGUCAUGUUACAUAUCUGAUCAUAUGGAAUUACUGUAAAUUUAUGAGGGAACUUAUGACAGGAAGACUUUUUCAUUUUUCAAAUUCUUGCUUGCUAGACAUGUAGUUUCUCCUUCAAACACUGGAGGGUGCCUUAGACUUAAAGAUAACAAAGAUUGUGCUGACUUAAUUUUCAUAACCGGGGAUUUUUUUUUAAUUGGUAUACUAUGACUUUUAGU